AUGGAGCUGAACAUAAACAACAGACACACAAAGAUCUGGCUUGCGAAAGUUCCUCUGUUUCUAGCAGAGAGAAUACUGGGGCAGAGCAGGGAGGCUGAGAUAGGAGAGCUUGAGAUAACAAAGGCCACGUCGACAGAGCCUGCAGUGUUGAGCUUAAGGCUGUCCAAGGAGUUCUGCGUGGGUGGGUUUCCGUCCUCCUUCGAUGUGAAGAUAAAGCCCAGAGACAACAACAUGUAUGUUAUCAGGACGCACGAGAACAAUGCGGAUGUUGAGGGGAUGAUCAACAACGAGUGUUACAUAACGCCGGAGGUCAAUGAAGAGUACUUGAGGUACAAGAGGGACGUGGGGUUUAAGAGUGAUUCGAAGAAGAGUGAUGUCCAGGUCAUCGACUAUCUUAAAGAGGGAAAAAGGGGGGAGAAAUUUGGAAGUCUGCGGGAGCUUGAGUAUCUUGCGCGGAAGAGAAAGAAGAUGCUGAUGGACAAGAAGAGAGAGAGGCUGGGAAAGAACGAGGUGAUAGACAUGGUCUUCAAGGCGUUUGAGAAGUAUCCGUCGUGGACUGUGAAGGAUCUGGCGGACUUCUGCGGGCAGCCUGUUGCCUUUAUCCAGGAGAUUGUUUCUGACAUCUGCGUGCUGAACAAGAAGGAUCUCAAGAACACAUAUGAGCUCCGGCCUGAGUACAAGCAGUGA